UCUCCCCACGAUACAUCAGCACUUGACACAAGGAGGCUCCAUACCACGCCCUGAAUCACCAUUUACAGCAGCAGGAGGAGGGGAGGGCUGUUAUCUAGGGCACCCAGCACCCCCAUGUGCUUGUUUGAAUUAUGGAGCUGCACUGUCUUCCUGCCGAGACCCCAACCACAGCCAGCUCCUGCUCCACGGACCGCUUGUACGACAACUGCCCACCUUUUGCACAGCGUGGGAGGGCCAGGCCAAAGAAAAUGGAGAGUAGGGUUCUGUGCCCGGCUGUAACCAGACUCACAGGCCCCUGUGGCCCUCUGUCUGCUCUCUCCCCAGCUGUGGCUGAGGUUCCCACACUAGACGGAGCUCCUGGCUCCUGGCCAGAUCACAGCUACUGCAGCUGGGUAGAAGGUCUGGGAAGACGGGGCUGGGUAGCAGGACUUGGACCCGGCAUAAACACAGGAAGAGGAGGAGAACAGAGAGGUGGUGGGGCAGUUGAGGACAGAGCUCAUCUCAACCAGAGUCCCAAUCCAUCACAGAGUGAGCAGCACAGGAGCGCUCUGUCUCUGUAUGACAACAUCCCUGAUGCUGUCACCCCGAACAACCCCCGGGAGAUCUUUGAGAUAGAAACAAGUUUCCAGGAGCACGCGCAGGAACAGAUGUGCCAGGCAUGGGCCCCUGAGCAGAUCCAGGGACAGAUGGAGAGUGAGGGUGUGAGUAAAGACAAGAGCCCCUGGUCAUCCUGUGAGAUCAUCCUCACUGAAAGUGGUUUCUGUGAGCAGGACCAGAAUCCAGACCAAGAAAAGAAGCAGGAACAGGAGCCAGAGUCGGACUCAAGAUCCCAGGGAUUUAAUCAGCAUGACCAAACACAUCUCCAGCUCCAAAUAUCACCUCAUGUCCCGACAGAACGCUCACCUCAGCUGUGUCCAGCUGACUGCCAGGCCCUGUGGCCUCCAGCCGAAGCACACAACCUGGAGCAGCCAUCCUGGUCUCCCAGAGUGCCUCCUCCCGUACCCUUGGCUGACCCCUCUGCCAGUGCCCUCCGCAGCCUCCUCACCAGCCUCCAGCAGCAGAUAGUCCGACAGAGAGAAGAGUACGAGGAAAGAAUAAGCAGCCUCGAGCAGAGAAACGAGGAGCUGCAGGUGGAGGUUGUGCGUCUGAAAACGAACCUCACACAGCAGCGACACUGGUACCAGGCCAUCCAGGCUAAGAUUGUGGAGUCUGAAAGAGCCCGUGCUGCCGCCGAACUACGCAACGCAACACUACAAAAGGAGAUGGAGCAGUUCUUUGACACCUUCGGGGAGCUCAACAAUGAGGCCAAGAAAACAGAAUAUAUUGUGAAUGGCUUUUGAAGAAUGUGUUUUGUUUCUUAUGCUAUGAAAGAGAAUGCUAGGUGAAGGAAUAUAGGUGAUACACAGCUGUUGGAUAAAAAAAAAAAAGAAAGAAAAUAAAUCACUGAUGUCCACUUUAUUAUAGUUGCGUAAGGGCCAAGUGACAAUGUUGUGAUCAUUGCAAUCACAGAGGACAUCUUUGAAAACAGGAGAGUCAAUCUGAACGAAAAUGUGAGAUGGACAUUGUACAACAAGCCUUUCUUUGAUAUCGUGGUAAACACACAAGACAUUCUGAUGACGUCGUUGAUACUCAGUCCUCAUUUGACAGGAUGUCAAAGGUAAUUUAAGGCAUGGCUAAAAAAGGAAAACAUGGCACACCAGUCCUUAGUGACUCCAUAGUGUCAUAUUUCUACAUGUCCAUCAAACUGUGCAAUCAGUUCAGCAAAAAAAAAAAAGGCAUCUCCUCAGUCCACUUCCAAGGUUCAUCAUUCAAGUUUCAUUCUUGAAUUGCAAGGGCAAGAUUUUGCUUCAGUACACUUCAUCCACAGCCUAUUCUUUGUUGCUGGGUCAACAUCCGCCAUAGACACUGCUGACGGGGCGACUGCCGACAUUAAGGGCAAUUUGAAGGAGAUAUCUGACACGUAUAUGCUUACAAGCAAGAAAGAAAAACAUAAACAGGCAUGAACAGCUUUUCAGAAUCAAGCAUCAAGGUGCCGUCAGUAAACCUAAAAAUGAACAGGUUUGUCUUGUAACCAUUAUUUGUGUUCGACUACCUUUGCAGUACACGAUGACGGAGCCAUGAAUUAUUUUGAGACUGUCCCUGUACUAAUGGAAUGGUUUGGAAAAAGGUCCAGCCCAUGCGUUGAUCUGAUAAUAAAAUGAUUUGACAUUUA